AUGGCCAUGGCCACCAACAAACUUGCCCGAGCCAGGGAGGCCAUGUCUUCAUGGUCAUCCUUCAAAAAAGCCAUUCAAGCAGAUGAAUCUCCAGACAAGGAAGAAUCCUCCGAGGCCUACUACAAUGCCGAUCUCUUGCCCACUCCGCCAUCUCAGCGAACAUGGACAGCCCUGCAUUUCUUCGCAUACUACCUGACUACCACCUUCAGUCCUUCAUCCUACAAUCUGGGCUCCUCACUUGUGAGCAAGGGUCUGCAAUGGUGGCACGGAAUGAUCGCCGCAGUCAUCGGCUCGAUAUUUCUUAGUAUCAUCGUUAUACUAAACUCUCGUGGUGCAGUCAAAUACCACGUCGGAUUUCCAGUCUAUACACGCGCAAGCUCAGGAAUCGGAGGAGCAAAGUUGUUCAUCUUUGUUCGAGCAUCUGUUGCUACCAUCUAUUUCGCUGUCCAGUCAUACUAUGGAGGCCAAUUGACGUCGGUAUGUCUCAGGGCGAUGAUUGGCUCUAAAUGGGAUAGCAUCCCCAAUCAUCUUCCAGCAGACGCAGGUAUCACCUCCAAGAACUUGCUCGCUUUUUUCAUUUUCUGGAUCGUUCAAUUCCCGGUCAUGUUCCUCCAUCCGACGAUCCUCCGACAUCUGUUUGUUUUCAAGGCCGUAUACACAACUGUCGCACUCUUCGGUGUCAUGGGUUGGGCUAUUCACGAAAAUGGUGGCUCUAUCGGAUCAUUCAGUUUCCAGAAGAAUUCCCUACACGGCAGUGCUCUCGUCUGGCCCAUGAUCUCAGCUAUCAACUCCGUCAUGGGAGCCCUAUGCCCUAUCCUGAUUAACCAGCCUGACGUUGCCAGAUACGCAAAGCGCUACUCACAAGUCACCUGGUCUCAAAGUGUCGGUAUUUUACUCUCCAAGGUCCUCGUCAUGUUCGUCAGCUGCGCGACAACUAGUGCUACCACUGCGAUCCUAGGAAAGACAUACUGGAAUGUUUGGGACCUGUACAACGCUAUUUUGACUGAAUAUUGGAGUCCUGCUGCACGUGCUGGUAUCUUUUUCGCGAGUCUCGGUAUGAUUUUAGCCAUCAUUGCCACAAAUGCAGGCACAAACUCACUCCCAGUGGGUGCUGAUUCAAGUGGAUUGUUUCCACGAUAUCUCAACAUUGUGCGGGGACAGGUCAUUUGUGCAUUACUUGCACCCCUCUUUGUGCCAUGGAAGAUCAUUGCUUCGGCAUCGUCGUUUUUGACUUUCCUCGGCUCUUACACUGUCUUCCUCAUGCCCAUCUGUGCUAUCAUGGUUGUCGACUAUUGGAUUAUUCGAAAGGGUAACUUCCAUAUUCCAUCGCUCUAUACUAAAGCUCCCGGAACACCAUACGCCUAUUGGCACGGAUGGAACCUCCGUGCUUUGGUGGCAUGGGUCUGUGGUGUGGUUUUUGUCGUGCAUGGAGUUGCCGGAAGCCUGAAUCCAGGAAGUGUCAAUGCGGCUAGUACACGCAUGUAUAGCUUGGGCUUUUUCUUGAGCUUUUUUAUGGGUGGAUUCGUAUUUUAUUUGCUCAACCUGGUGUGGCCAGUUCCCAUCUACCCUACUUCGGCCCAGGCAGAUACACCCAAUACAUUCGAAUAUAUGACUGCUACAGAGGGCAUGCUGGAUGGAGACUCGAUAGACAUGAUUACAAGAGGAAGGGUUCUGGAUGGCUUGGACGAUGGAAGCCAAGUUGCCGAUGAGAAUGUCAUUAUGAGCGAGAAGGCAUACCUUUCUGUUUGA